UCCACUUAACUAAAAAAUUUAGUUUCCUCAUUGGCUGUACGUAGAAACAGCCCUCGAUCCACAACACACCAUGGCCACAGGGGCCUCCUUUAGAUUUGCUUCUCUUUCUCUUGUCCUCCUGCAUCUCCUUGCAUGGGCACCUUCUUCACUAUGGGCACGCCCUGCUACCUUCCUCCAAGACUUCCGUGUCACUUGGUCCGAUUCCCAUAUCAGGCAAAUCGAUGCUGGCAGGGCUAUCCAAUUGGUCCUCGACCAAUCUUCAGGUGCUGGGUUUGUCUCUAAGAGCAAAUACCUGUUUGGGCGUGUCAGCAUGAAGAUCAAACUCAUCCCUGGUGACUCUGCCGGCACCGUCACUGCCUUCUAUAUGAAUUCGGACACCGACACGGUCCGCGACGAAUUAGAUUUCGAGUUCUUGGGGAAUCGGAGUGGACAACCUUACACAGUCCAAACCAAUGUGUAUGCCCAUGGAAAGGGUGACAGAGAACAAAGAAUCAACCUCUGGUUUGACCCUUCUGCUGAUUUCCAUACUUACUCCAUCUUAUGGAAUCACCACCAUGUCGUGUUUUAUGUAGACGAAGUACCCAUUAGAGUUUACAAGAAUAAUGAGGGAAGAGGGAUACCAUUUCCAAAGUUUCAAGCCAUGGGGGUUUUCUCUACUUUGUGGGAAGCUGACGAUUGGGCCACAAGGGGUGGACUUGAGAAGAUUGAUUGGAGCAAAGCACCCUUUUAUGCUUACUAUAAGGACUUUGACAUUGAGGGUUGCCCUGUCCCAGGUCCUACCAACUGUGCCUCCAACCCUAGUAACUGGUGGGAAUCCCCUGCUUACCAGCAACUUGAUGCCGUUCAAGCAAGGAGAUACAAGUGGGUCCGCAUGAAUCACAUGAUCUACGAUUACUGUGCCGAUAGAUCUCGCUACCCCGCCGUCCCACCGGAAUGCGUUGCAGGCAUCUAAAAUCUAAA